AGUUGACUUUGUGACAUGGUUUCUGGACAGCUGCACUCCUCGGUUUAUGGUCCUUGUGGAGUGGAUGACCAAUCCAUGACUGAGAUUUCCGGACCUCCAAACAGCGGGAAGAGCCUAGUCCUGCAACAACUAAUGGCUCACUGCUUGGUACCAUAUGAGUACGGUGGCCGGCAGAUGUCGAUAAUUCUCAUCAACCUUAGCCACAAGAUCACCAAGGAGUCGCUUGGCAAGGCUGUCUUGGACGAACUCAGAUCACACUCCAAGGCGGCAGAGGACCCAUCAGCAGAAGCGAAGUUUACAGAGAUUGCAAAGAGGUGUGUGAGCCGGGUAAGGAUCUUAGCCUGCUUUUCCACCGACGACGUAAGCAAUAGUCUGCGAAAGGUGACAUACAUGGUGGCGUCCGACUCAACUGUGGAGCUAAUAGCCUUGGAUACCCUCAGCGAGUUCUUCUGGCUGGACCACCCCAGUAGGAAGCAGUUUUUGUCCAAGUAUAAAUUUUACCAGGAAUGGCUCGGCACCCUGAGCACACUCUCUAGGAAGUGUUUGAUUAGCGCAAUGUUUACCGUAGAUUACAGAUUCCUGAUCAACCAGCAUGGGGAGCGCUUCCCGGCGGUUGAAGUCCACACGGUUAAGAUGGAAAUAGGAGAAGGUGGUUUCACUUUAAAUGGUCUGCCAGUUUUGUUCGAAAACGGAAUUAAAGUGUCUACUGUAGCUGUUAAAAGUUCCAUCACUAGCUGUCAGCGAAAAGUUUUCGAUAGGACUGAAGUACCGCCUGGCCACACUUCGCUCUGA